AUGAUCGACUCUGCCGCCGCCGCCGAGGGACGGCCGUCUCUUCUGCCGCCUACCCCCCUUCGCGGCGUCCGCGGUGCCGCGCACACGAUCGUCUCCGCGCCUCCUGCGUACGGCAUCGAUGUACGGCUACCUCUCUCGGAUCAGAGGACGAUCUCUUUUAUCGAUGUGCCAGCGUUCGAUCGGCCUAAAGCGAUCGUGGAGAACAUUGAGGAGAUUGCUAAUGUCGAGGGGGUGGACUGUAUUCAGAUGGGCCCGUUGGAUCUGAGUGCGAGCAUGGGGUAUUUGUGGGACCCUGGUAAUAGAAAGGUGAGGGCUUUGAUGAAGGAGGCGGAGAUGAGGGUUCUAGGGGUGACGAAAAAGAAGGGGGUUUAUUUGGGAGGUUUUGCGAUGCCGCAUGAUAAGCCGGAGGAUUUGAAGAUGAGGGGGUAUCAUAUGGUGGCCGGGGCAGUGGAUAUUGGAAUGUUCCGGAAGGCAGCGGUGGAGGAUGUGAAGAGGUUUAGGGAGGCGGUGACGGAGAUUGGGGAGGAGGGUGAUGAUGAUGAGAAGACUAAAGAGGAGGGGUAUUGGAGCGAGUGACAAUGUGAGUGUUCUUUGCUACUCUUCUAGAGAUUUCUAAUGAGUAUAUCGCAUGUAGAAUGUAGAAUGUGAGGAUGUAGGGUUUCUUUCUCUAUUGAUUUAAAUUAUCUUCUUAUGUUUUUGUUGUUUAUUUGUGCGUAGAGAAUUGAAAUAGAGCUUUCUUCUUUUAGAGGCUCUUGUGUCAUUGAA